AUGGAGGAAAUGAGAUCAUUGCUAGAUUCCCUAAUGGGAAAGGACAGAAAUGAAACGGAUUCCAGGAAAAAACACACAUUCAAAGAUGACAAUGUAUGCAAGUAUUACUUGAUUGAUUUUUGUCCACAUGACCUUUUCCCAAAUACAAAAAGUGACAUAGGGAGAUGUGAAAACUUACAUUCAGAAGUGCUGAAAGAGAAAUUUGCAAAGGAUGAAAAUUAUAAAUAUUAUUUAGCAAAAUAUCAACAAAAAUUUAUGAAAACGUUAGAAAAAAUUAUUGAAGUGGCUAACAUGAAAAUUAAAAGAAGCAAAGAAAAAUUAAAACACAUGUCUGAGAACAGCAAAAACAAUGUUGAUAACAAAGAAAAAAUAGAAAGUAUCAAUAGUCACAUAUCGGACUUAAUAAAGCAGGAAGAAGAUUCUAAAAAAAAGGGAGAUUUAGUUAAGGCUACCAGUUUUAACAGCCAAAUUGUUACCUUGCAAGCAGAAAUCAAGAGAUUAAAUGAAGAGUCUGAUAAGCCAGCUGAACCCAAUUUGAUGGUUUGUGAAAUAUGCGGUGCAAUGAAAUCUGCAGGGGAUAUGAUUCAACGUUUUGAGAAUCAUGUUAAUGGAAAACAGCAUUUAGGAUUUGAAAAAAUAAGAAAUGCUUUAAGCAAAUUAAAAGAAAAUGUGAAAGAAAGAGAACAAAUUAUUGAAGAAUAUAGAAAAGAAAAAUACGCACAUGAUGAUAAAUCCUCCAAAAGGGAAAAAAAUUAUCGUGAUCGUGAGCAUAGAAGAAGAUCUAAUGAUAACAGAAGGAGCUCAAAACAUCACAGAUCUCGUGAUAGGAGCAGUAGAACACACCACUCCAUCAGGAGCAAACGAUCAAGAAAACAUUCGUCGUUUCAUAGAAGUAGAUCCAGUAGCACAAAUCGCUCACGAGAAAGACACAAUGAGCAUUCAAGUAGGCGUAAAUAA